AUGUCUUCAUCACCAGAACAAAAACCAGGCAAUAAUAUGGCCACACCACGACAACGCAAAAUGCUUCAGGGUAAGAAACCGGAGCUGUGGUUGACGACACCCAAAGGUGAGCAACGUGAACUGCUACUGACCACGCCCCAGGGCGAGCAAAGUGAGCUACCACGUAGGAAACAACAGUCAGAGCUAGAUCUGUUCAACACCCUCCAGCUCCUCUGUUUUGUUUCCUUACUGACAUGCGCUGUGAGCAUUCCGCUCGUCUUCUUUUCUUUCGGUGGCUGGAACCAUGCUCUCGCUGCUGGUCUUGCUCUGGCGAUCGAAACGGGCAUAAUUAUUCGCGUGUAUGGCAUAUUGGCCGAUCGAUGGGCUUGA